AAAGAAAAAAAAAUACUUGUGUCUAGAAUUAUUAUUUGCUUUUACAAAUGUUUCCAAAUUUACAUCGAAGCGAAGAGCUCUGCUUCCAGAUUUCACCUAAUCCCCCAAAAAAGAAAACAAACUUCUCAGAAGAUCAUAUUCUUGAUCAUUAUGAGGAGAUCAUCGCAAGCAGCAAAACCCCCAUAUCUUUGACUAAGAGUACAACUUUGGUGAACCAUGAUAGUGCUACUGUGACUCAGAUUUUUAGUGACAACAAGAGCAAGGAGAUGAUGAAGCAUAGAGACAAUGAAAGGCAAAGAAGGCAAGAAAUGGCUGCCCUUCAUGCUUCUCUUAGAUCCCUACUCCCGCUUGAACUAAUCAAGGGAAAACGUUCUAUUUCUGAUCACAUCAACGAGGGUGCAAAUUACAUAAAACAACUACAGAUGAAAAUCAAAGAGCUUGAUGCGAAGAGAGAUGCCUUGAAGAGGUACAAUUACUUGUCUAAUGGAAACAUUAUUAUCGGGCCGAGCAGCACUACAGAUAAUGAUCACCACGGCGGAGCCAGCAGCUCUAGUGUGCUGUGCCAAGAUAACUUGAUAAGAGUCCAACCUUGGAGUGGUGGACUUGAAAUUGUGAUCAGUAGUACCGGAGACGCUAGUGCCCUUCCCAUGUCAAAGAUUUUGCAAGUUAUUCUUGAGGAAGGUCUUAGCGUUGUUAGCUGUAUCUCCACCAAAGUUAAUGGCAUAUUACUUCACACAAUCAAAGCCGAGGCUCAUUGUUGUCAUAUUGAAUUACACUGCAGUGAUAAUUAUCUUUCAGCGCUUUAUCAAAAACUAAAAAAAAUGUGAUCAUUAAUGAUAUUGGUCGUGAUGAUGAUCCGUGAGUACUGUACUAUAUAUAAAUAAUUUUUCAUUAUGUUCUUUUCUAUGGUCUCAUAAUUCUUGAUUUCAUACAGUGCUAGCUGUAACAUAUUCACAUUUUUGUCUUUCUAUAUAUAUAUAUAUAGUACAAUACUACUCAUCCUCAGAAUGAUAUCUGAAGAAGUUAUACAUUGAAAUGCAUCACGAAAGAUAUGAUAUUAUUGU